AUGCAAAAAUCAAGUCGAUCUUUGUCUUCCAAAAAAAAUGAAAAGCUCAUUUCCAAAAGAAAUAAAUCUUUAUAAGAAACAGAAAGCUAUGGAAAAUUUCUUGAAUUUUAUAAUUCUAAUCAAAAUUAGCCUUUCAAGCAAUUUUUAUAUAUGCAAGAAUUCUUUAAUACUAAUUUGAAUUCAUUUCCUUCAGAUGAGGAAAUAUAAGCCAUUUAAUAAAAUUUAUUCUCAGUUUACUAAGUAAUUUCAAAUAGAAAAAAAAAUUGGACUACUGACGAAAAGAAAGUGUUAAUAUGGGUUGUAGGUAAAUUAAGUCAAUCUCAAGAUCUUGAUAUUAGAGAUCUACCUAAUAGUUUUUGGGAUGAUGUUUCCGAAUUGAUUUGCAGAAGAGACCCUUAAUCUUGUAAAUAAAAAUGGUUAUAACUAAAAAAAACUGAUUUAUAAUAAAAACCUUUCACUUAAUAAGAAGAUUAAUUAUUAUUAGAUUUAAUUCAUAAAUACAAAGAUUCUGAAUAAGGUAAAAAAUGGUGUUAAAUUUCAGAAGAACUUAAUUCUCAAAUUUUAAAUUAUCGAACUAGUAAAUAAUGUAGAGAAAGGUGGUUAAAUCAUUUAAAUCCAAAAAUUUCUAAGUAAAUAAUUAAUUCAUCAUAGAGACCCUUGGAAUGAUGACGAAGAUAUAUUUUUAUUAGAUUUAAUUUUACAAUAAGGUAGAAAAUGGGCAGAAAUUUCAAAAUUAUUUGAUGGUAGGAGAAAUGAAAAUACUGUUAAGAAUAGAUUUAAUAGUUUAAUAAAAAGAGAAAAAGAUCUGAUUGUUGAGUAUGAAUAUCAAUUUAUAAAUUUAAGUCUACAAAAUGGAUAAACAACAAAUUUAGAUACUAUUUUUGGAAAUCCUACUGGGCAGACAUUAAAUAAAUAAUAAAUAAUGGCCAUAGAAGUUUUAAAAAAUAAAAUUUAAUGGAGAAAAGGCCAAAUCAAAUCUGGCGAACAAAUAAAUGAUUUUAGAAGAACUUCCAUACAUUAGACUUCUGAUAAAUAAGAAGAAUUUCAAUUAAAAAGAUCUUCUGUAGUGAAGUAUUAAGUAGGACAUUUGGGUUAAGAUGAAAUUUAAAAUGAUGAAUUAGUGCCUUGCUUAGUGAAUUUAGAAAAAAAUAUCAUUUAUUUUUGCUCAAAGGAACAAAUAUUAAAAUUAUUAGACAAUUAAAUAAAUUAAAUGAAUUAUAAUCUUGAACUAGCCAAAAAAGAUAUUAAAUCUUUUGAUUCAGGAUUAAUUAACUUUAAAACUUAAUUAAGUAUCAUAAGUGAAAUAAAUGAUUCUAAAUUUAGCUCAUUUUUAUGUGGAUAAAAUAAUGAAGAUAAUUUUAGUUAAAUAAGUAGAGUAUUUUAAAACAAUUUUAUUUAAAAAUAAAUGAUAGAUUUAGAAUAAUAUUUUAAUUUAGAUCCUCCUUAACAUUAAUAAAUCAAUUAAUUGUUUAAUCCAAUUUAACAAAUACAUUAUAAAGCAUACUAUUAAGUAAGGAGAGCUUAUAAAUCAGAAGUUCUUUAAUAAAAUGUUAAAAUAAUAGAUUAAAAAAUUCCUAGGUCUUUGCCUAAUGUAAUUUCAAUUAUUUCUUAAUGA